AUGGUUGGUGGAACUGGACUAGGUUGUGGCACUGGACUCGGUAGUGACACUGGAGCUAUAGGUGGUGGAGCUGCAACUGGAAUUGUAGGUGGAUUUACUACUUCUUUAGAUAUAUGUUGUGACACAUUCUAUUUGCUUUCAUCAGGCAGGGGAUUUACUGCCAAAGCAUGCACAAGGAAGUUCAUCAAGCUGGAAUUGCCCACAGCUACAUCUCUUGUUUUCAAGACACACAAUGGACCGCUUCACACCAUCUAUCACAGCUCGCGCUUCGACUUUGAUCGUUAUGGAUUAGUAACAAGAUCGAGUCCUAGACAAGCGGAUCUAAUUUUAACAGCCGGAACAGUGACAAUGAAAAUGGCCCCCUCCUUAGUGAGAUUAUAUGAGCAAAUGCCUGAACCAAAAUAUGUUAUUGCUAUGGGAGCCUGUACAAUUACAGGCGGGAUGUUCAGUACCGAUUCUUAUAGAACUAUUCGGGGAGUCGAUAAGCUAAUUCCUGUAGAUGAAUAUUUGCCAGGUUGCCCUUCUAAACCGAAAGCGGUUAUAGAUGCUAUAACAAAACUUCGUAAGAAAAUAUCUCGCCAUUUCAUUUUUUUUGCUAAUAGAUGA